CCUCUCAGCACCGAUAAAACCCCCACUCCUCACUACCCUCCUCCCUCAUAUUCUUCUCUCUCUCUCUCUUCUUCACAAAAACCCCAGUGGCUUUUUAAAUUUCUGUAACACAUCGAUGCAUUUGAGGGUUGUACCUUGUGUUCAACAAUACCAACCCACAAGAACAAAAAUGGAGAUUUUUAACCUAAUUUUCGUUCUGUUAUGCUCUGUUUUCGUUUUCGCUCAUGGGUUUUCAAGGAAUCUUCCCAUUUUAUCGUUCGAUGAAGGGUACUCACACUUAUUUGGGGAUAAUAAUCUAAUCGUCUUAAAAGAUGGAAAAUCUGUGCACUUAUCUCUGGAUGAAAGAACAGGUUCUGGAUUUGAGUCUCAAGACCUCUACCUCCAUGGAUUCUUCAGUGCCUCCAUUAAGCUUCCUGCUGAUUAUACAGCCGGUGUUGUUGUUGCUUUCUAUAUGUCAAAUGGAGAUACAUAUAAUAAAACCCACGAUGAAAUUGACUUUGAGUUUUUGGGUAAUAUACGAGGAAAAGAAUGGAGAAUUCAGACAAAUAUUUAUGGAAAUGGAAGCACAAAUAUUGGAAGAGAAGAAAGAUAUGGUCUUUGGUUCGACCCUUGUGACGAUUUCCAUCAAUAUAGCAUUCUUUGGACUUCCACUAGCAUUAUAUUUUAUGUUGAUGACGUGGCAAUACGGGAGAUUAAAAGAACGGAGUCAAUGGGUGGAGACUUUCCUUCGAAGCCGAUGACUUUAUACGCGACGAUAUGGGAUGCUUCUGAAUGGGCUACAAACGGGGGGAAGUACAAGGUAAAUUACAAAUAUGCCCCUUACGUUGCGGAGUUUUCUGAUUUUGUACUCCAUGGAUGCACGGUGGACCCCACUGAGCUCUCGUCGAUUAAUUGUGAGGCUAGAAAGAGUUCUCAUUCGAUUCCUAUUGGGAUUAACGCCUCACAAAGGGUAAAAAUGGAAAAUUUUAGGAAGAAAUAUUUGCAGUAUUCGUAUUGUUAUGAUAAUGGAAGGUAUAAGAAACUACCGUCGGAGUGUGUGUUUAAUGCCAAAGAAGCUGAGCGGUUGAAGAGGUUUGAUCCGGUGACGUUUGGAGGAGGCCGCAGCCACCACCGCCGCCGCCAUGGGAAUGGGAAUGGGAAGAGACACGUGGCUAUUUAAGGAAAACGGUUUUAGUUUCUAUAAAAUAUUAUCUACUAUGAUUUUGUUUUUGUGGUUAAUUUUAUGUGAAUAGUGGAGGGGGAGAGCAUAUAAUAUAUAAUUUGUUUGUGAUGAUGAUGGGUUUAUGGCGAAU